UAUAAGUUGUAGUAAGGGUUUGUUAAGCUUUGUUAUGCAAUAGCAAUUCAGCUGUUGGACUCUUAAGCUAAACUGUAAAAAUAUUCUGGAAUUAAAAUAAAUGAACAUUAUUUGCAAUUGGCUUAAUGUAUAAAAUACAGUACAUAUCCACAAGGGCAACAGGCAAAAGUGACGCACUUAUACCAAAGGUUCAGAAGGUGACUGAUUCACAAGAGUUUGGUUCUUGAUGUCGCAGAUUGUGAGUACUGGGGUCAGAUUUUUUCUCAAGCACUAAACAGUUAAUCUAUUUAAAUAGCCUGCCUUGGUUCCCCCUCCCCCUUUGCUUUUCUUUUUCUCACCCCUCCCCAUACCAUUCCCCAUUCAUUCUGUGGAUCAGAUAGACAGCCUGCACUCCUGCAGGCAUUGAGGUGGAUUUUGCGGUCACAUUUACAGUGCAAGGAAAAGGAAUCUUGUUUCAGGGCGUCACCACUAUCCGUUCCGGUCGUGUGUGAAAACCUGGCUGUUAUUGCUCUGGGUACCCACCUGGCGUCACCUCUGUAACUGGAAAGCUUUCGGGAUUUACAACCUAAAUAGAUUUAAAACCAGAAUAUCAGCAGAACAUAUGGAGACAUACACUGUGGCUGCUUCCGUAAAUUUGCAAAUCUGAAGAGGAGGAAAGUGCUGAGGCUGGGCCCUGGCACCUGUGCAGCUAUUAUGGACUCUGUGUGAUUCCGUACUGGGAGGAUCGAGGACUGUAUGUUGCUGUGAUCCCAGUCAAGCAAAAUCCUGGUUUCCGCAUCUCUGUUAUUUGCAGUAUUUACUGCAACAUGUGUUCAGGAGAACAUUUAGCGUGUACGAAAUAUGUGCGUUACCUCUGACCCACACUCAUCUGUCUUUGAUCAGGUACCCCAGACGCCCAUGGCAUGCUUCUACCAUCCAGUACCCAUUGAGAGGCAUUUCACUCUGGUUACACCUGCUCCCUAUCUCUGUUUCCUGCUUUUCCUACCCAUGUUAUGGGGGCAUCCAAAUCAUUCAUCUCAGGAUAACUGCAAUAUUUCACUAGUGAGGGAAGAUUCUAUGCUUUCACACUGCCAACCUGCCCCUUUACAGCUUCUUUCUUGGACAUGCGUUUAUCCUUUGCCUUCCAAAACACAGCCAGUUCUAGGAAUCAGCAGCCUUGUAAAAGCCAGGCUCCAAAAAUGCCUCAUUGCUCAUGUACAUAUACAUUCUUAUUUGUUCUGGAAAUCUGUGCCUUCUGGGGAACAAGUCCAGCUCUGUUUCAGCCCUGGAAUGGUAAUGCUACAGUUUCCCAACUUCAAGCCCUCUCCAUGGGGUACCUCCAAAAUCCAUUGUAAGACUGUUGGUGUUGCUGGUGCAAGUUUUUUACAUGGGAUAUUGAUUGCUUCACGUCAUAUCUGCCUUAGCAAUCAGCAACAUUUAAACUGGAGCUUGCAAUGCCAGCUGCAUGGUAGGAGUAAGGAACAAAAACUUAUGUUGAUCUGGGACAUAGUAUUGUCACAAUCUGAUAUACAUACAGGCAGUGGCUUAGGGGCUGCAAGAUACAAAAGGAAUGUAAAUUUAAGCCCGCAGUUCCAUUCACCUACUUACCAAGUGUCAGUGCCUGAAAACAAACCAGCAGGAACCUUUGUUGUUCAACUUAGAGCUAGUGACCCAGAUGAGGGAGAAUCUGGUAAAUUAGAAUAUUCUAUGGAUGCACUUUUUGAUAGCCGCUCAGCAAGUUACUUUUCACUAGACUCAAACACAGGUGUGGUCACCACAUCAGGUGAACUGGACAGAGAGACUAAGAGCACCCAUGUUUUCAGAGUGACUGUCCGUGAUGGAGGCAUUCCCAGUAGGACAGCAAUGGCCACCUUGACUGUCACAGUUAGUGACACCAAUGAUCAUGAUCCAAAUUUUGAACAACAAGAAUAUAGGGAAACUGUACGUGAGAACAUGGAAGUUGGCUAUGAGGUAAUGACAGUCCGUGCAACAGAUGGAGACUCCCUUGGGAAUGCUAACAUUGCUUAUAGAUUAAUAUCUGGAGGCAGAGAGGUCUUUGAGAUAGAUCCCCGUUCUGGGGUUAUCAGGAUACUGGGCCCUGUAGAUCGUGAGGAGAUAGCAUCCUACCAGCUAGUAGUUGAAGCUAAUGAUCAAGGACAUGACCCUGGGCCCCGCAGUUCCACAGCUACUGUGCACAUAACCAUACAGGAUGAAAAUGAUAAUGCGCCACAGUUUAGUGAGAAGCGUUAUGUGGCUCGUGUGUCAGAAGACAGUUCUAUAGAAUCACAGCUUUUAGUGGUGACUGCUACAGAUUGUGACCAAGGUGCCAACGCUGCAGUGCAUUAUAGCAUCCUAAGUGGAAAUUCUCGUGGACUUUUCUCUAUUGACCCAUUAACUGGUGCUAUAUUUCUGGCUGGUACACUUGAUUUUGAGACAGGGCGAGAGUACACCUUAAGAGUGCGGGCACAAGAUGGUGGACGCCCCCCUCUUUCCAAUGUCACUGGUUUAGUUAUUAUCCAGGUACUGGAUGUUAACGAUAAUGCACCUAAUUUCGUAAGUGGUCCUUUCCAGGCUUCAGUGUUGGAGAAUGCUCCCAUAGGUUACUCUGUACUACAAGUUCAAGCAUUGGAUGCAGACUCCGGUGACAAUGCUCGUCUGGAUUACUGCCUCAGUGGUACGACUGGGCCAUUUUCUAUAAACAAUAGUACAGGUUGGAUUAUGAUUCAGACAGAGCUGGACAGGGAGGAAAUUGAAUUUUACAACUUCAUAGUAGAAGUAUGGGAUCGAGGUCAGCCUUCAUUGUCCUCUUCAGCUUCUGUAAGUGUUCAAGUUUUAGAUGUUAAUGACAAUGCUCCAGAGUUUACCCAAAGUGAAUAUCAUGCACGGCUGAAUGAGGAUGCAGCAGUAGGUUCAAGUGUUUUGACGGUGUGGGCAGCGGACAGGGAUGCUUAUGCUACUAUCACUUAUCAGAUAACUGCUGGAAACACUCGCCAUCGCUUUUCCAUUUCAAGUCUUUCAGACAGUCAAGGGCUUCUUACACUGGCGCUUCCUCUUGAUUACAAACUAGAACGGCAGUUUGUUCUUACCAUUACUGCAUCAGAUGGAAUGCGGUCAGAUACUGCAAGAGCUAUUGUAAACGUAACUGAUGCUAAUACACAUCGCCCUGUUUUCCAAAGUUCCCACUACACAGUCAGUGUGAAAGAAGACCAACCUGCAGGCACCACUGUUGUGGUUAUUAGUGCUACUGAUGAAGACACUGGAGAAAAUGCACGCAUUGCUUACUUAGCAGAGGAGGGCCUACCACAGUUUGCCAUAGAUCCAGAAACUGGAGCUGUGACAACUACAAUGGAACUAGAUUAUGAGGAUCAGGUCUCUUACACAUUGGCAGUAACAGCACAUGACCAUGGCAUUCCUCAGAAAUCAGACACCACCUAUUUGGAAAUCUUAGUAAUUGAUGUUAAUGACAAUCCUCCUGUGUUUCAGCGUGCAUCCUAUAAAGGAAGUGUGCCUGAGGAUUCUCCUCCUUAUACAAGUGUACUGCAGGUAUCUGCCACUGAUCGUGACUCUGGUCUCAAUGGAAGAAUCUUUUACACCUUUGCAGGUGGGGAUGAUGGAGAUGGAGACUUUACUGUGGAAUAUACUUCAGGGAUUGUGCGAACACUGAGGCAACUAGACAGGGAGAAUGUGGUUGAAUACAGACUUACUGUAUAUGCUGUAGACAAGGGACAUCCACUCCCACAUCGUACCCCUGCUGAAGUGCUGGUCACUGUUUUGGAUGUCAAUGAUAAUGCACCUGUGUUUGCUAGAGAAGAGCUGGAAGUGAAAGUGUUUGAGAACAGUCCUCUUGGACCACCACUGGCCAGAAUUACAGCCACAGAUCCAGAUGAAGGACCAAAUGCACAGAUAAUGUAUCAGAUUGUGGAGGGCAACAUUCCAGAAGUGUUCCAGUUGGAUAUAUUUUCCGGGGAGCUUACAGCACUUGUUGAAUUAGACUAUGAAGAACGAUCAGAAUACACAAUUGUGGUGCAAGCUACAUCAGCACCUCUUGUAAGUAGGGCAAUUGUUCGAGUUUGUUUGGUAGAUGUCAAUGACAAUGCCCCAACUUUGAGUGACUUCAGGGUGGUCUUCAAUCAUUAUGUUGGUGGAGGGGGCAGUUUCCCUGAUGGAGUAAUUGGGAGGGUGCCAGCUCGAGAUCCCGAUGUCAGUGAUGUAUUAACUUUUAACUUUCUCCAUGGAAAUGAGUUAGCAUUACUUCGGCUCAAUACAAGCAGUGGGGAGCUACAGUUAAGCCAUGAUCUUGACAACAAUCGUCCAUUUGAAGCAACUAUGAACAUAGAGGUUACAGAUGGUAAACACAGAGUAACUGCACAGUGUACCUUGCAGGUGUCUAUAAUUACAGAUGAGCUGCUAUCACACAGUAUCACAUUGCGUCUAGGUGGAAUCUCCCAACACCAGUUUCUCUCACCUCUUCUCCCACUCUUCACUCAGGCUGUGGCCCAAGUACUUUCUAUAUCUCCUCAGAGUGUGGUAGUCUUCAGUAUAAAAGAUGAUGCUGAGGAGCCAACAACAGUACAGUCAGAUAGGCAGAUUCUUAAUGUCAGCCUUUUGGUCCAAGGCGCUGAGGAAUUUCUACCAUCAGAGAAAUUGCGUGAGCUGCUGUACCUUAACCGAACGCUUUUGGGUGCCUUGGCACAGCAGAGGGUAUUGCCUUUUGAUGACAACGUGUGUCUUCGGGAGCCAUGUCCUAAUUAUAUGCUGUGUGUAUCUGCCCUUCGUUUUGACAGUUCUGCUCCAUUUUUGGCUUCUGACACCUUGCUAUUUCGGCCCAUUUUGCCAGUGGGUGGGUUGCGCUGUCGAUGUCCCAUUGGGUUUGCCGGAGACUACUGUGAGACAGAGAUAGACUUGUGUUACACUCGCCCUUGUGGAGAGCAUGGAAUUUGCCAGAGCCAUGAAGGAGGCUAUACUUGUCAAUGUGAGGAGGCUUACACAGGGACCCACUGUGAAAUCUCUCUCCGUUCUGCACGCUGUUCAACUGGCCUUUGUAAGAAUGGAGGAAUGUGUGUGAACCUGCUGGUAGGGGGUUUUUACUGUGAGUGCCCACCAGGGGGUUAUGAUGCUCCAUAUUGUGCUGUCUCCACACGCUCCUUUCAUGGGGGAUCAUUUCUUACAUUCCGGGGUCUAAGACAGAGGUUCCACUUCACAAUAUCACUUAGUUUUGCUACUCGGGAGCGGAAUGGCCUGCUAUUGUAUAACGGUAGAUUUAAUGGAAAACAUGACUUUAUUGUCUUGGAGAUAACUAAUGAACAGAUCCAGUUAACUUUCUCUGCAGGUGAAUUCACAACAGUGGUGUCUCCUUUUGUGCCAGGAGGAGUUAGUGAUGGCCAGUGGCACACUGUCCAUCUUCAUUACUUUAAUAAGCCUGUUGUGGGACAAUCUGGAGAGCUGCUAGGUCCUUCAGAUCAGAAAGUAGCUGUGGUGGCUAUAGAUGAUUGUGACACUGAAAUGUCUUUGCAGUUUGGAGAUAUGCUAGGGAACUACUCAUGUGCUGCAAAGGGAAUGCAGUCUGGCACAAAAAAGUCCCUGGAUCUGACUGGUCCUUUUUUGCUAGGAGGUAUUCCCACACUCCCUGAGGGAUAUCCUGUAACACAUCGGCAUUUUGUUGGUUGCAUGAAGGAUCUGGUGAUUAACAAUAAGGCCAUCGAUCUUGAAGAUUAUAUAGCAAACAAUGGAACAACACCAGGCUGUCUGGCUAAGAAAAACCAGUGUGAUGGAAACAGUUGUCAAAAUGGGGGUACAUGCGUUAACCGCUGGGAUGGUUACUCUUGUGAAUGCUCUUUGGGGUAUGGAGGCAAGAACUGUGAACAAGAGAUGCUGUUUCCAUUACGCUUCCUUGGCAACGGUAUUUUAUCAUGGGAAGGAUUGGUAUUGCCCCUCUCUAUACCUUGGAACCUCAGUCUUAUGUUUCGCACACGCCAGACAGAUGCCCUUUUAUUGAAAGCACAUGAUAAGCGCAAUUGUACUGUCACUCUACAGUUGAGCAAGGGGGGGCUCCUCUUAUCUCUGCAUGGCUCUGCGGGUUCCCUUUUUUCAUUAUCUCUUCAUCAUGUAAAGCUGAAUGAUGGAAUUUGGCACCAUAUUACAGUAGAGGCUAAGAAUGACCCUGCAAUGCCUGGCACUCAGCUAGUCAUUCUUGAUGCUGACUAUGGACAAGAACAGGUGAAAAGUUAUUUUCCAAAUGACCUCUUAGAGACAACUGUCUCCAGUCUCAAUAUUGGAGGUGUAAUCAGUGAUGGUAGCGGUGUUCAACUGGGAUUUCGUGGAUGUAUACAGGGAGUGCGAGUAGGAGGCUCUCUACUGUCUCUACUUAAUGCAGAAAGUUUGAAUGCAGAAAAAGGCUGCAGUUUUCCUGACCCUUGUGACUCAAGCCCAUGCCCUAAACACAGCUACUGCAGGGAUGAUUGGGACAGCUACUCAUGUGCUUGCCGCCAUGGAUUCUAUGGAGAUAACUGUACAGAUGCCUGUGAGUUAAAUCCUUGCCAGCACCAGUCUACAUGUGUCAAACGUACGAGUUACCCACAUGGCUACAUGUGUGAUUGUGCCUCAGGUUAUUAUGGAACAUACUGUGAAAAUCGGCUUGAUCAACCUUGUGCACGUGGCUGGUGGGGUCAUCCUGUGUGUGGCCCAUGUAACUGUGAUGUUAACAGUGGCUUUGACACAGACUGUAAUAAGACAACAGGCGAGUGCCGUUGUAAGGAUAAUCAUUACCGUCCCGUCGGGGCUUCAUUUUGUUUACUUUGUGAUUGCUAUGCCAUUGGAUCAAUAAGUAGAACUUGUCAUCCUGUUACCGGGCAGUGUCCUUGUAAACCUGGAGUUAUUGGGCAGCAUUGUGAUCUCUGUGACAACCCCUUUGCUGAAGUUACAAUGAGUGGUUGUGAAGUUAACUAUGACAGUUGCCCUCGAGCUGUGGAAUCUGAAAUUUGGUGGCCAAGAACACGCUUUGGGCUACCAGCUGCAGUAUCAUGCCCUAGAGGCUCUGUAGGAACUGCAGUUCGUCACUGUGAUGAGCACCGGGGAUGGUUACCUGCAGAUCUCUCCAACUGCACCUCCAGUGCAUUUAUAACUCUUAAGGGACUGCUUGACACAGUCAAUAAGAACCUCUCGUUACUGGGAUCUGCCCAUGCACAAAAGGGAGCACAGGAUCUUUUGAGUGCUAUGCAAGCAGUGAAAACUCUUUUGGAUAGUGAUGUGCGCAUAUCUUACCAUCUGCUAAGUGCCAUUCUUCAACAGCAGAGCCAAGAAAGUGGUUUCAGUCUUGCAGCAACUCAGGAUGUUCAUUUCACCGAGAAUGUGGUAAAAGCUGGCAGCAUGCUUCUUAAUCUUGGCACUAAAAAGCAGUGGGAUAACAUUCAGGUAUCUGAGGCUGGCACAGCUCUAUUGCUCAGGAAUUUCGAAACCUAUGCAAGCACAGUUGCGCAAAAUAUGAAGCAAACCUACCUCAGUCCAUUCAUAAUCAAUACUCCAAAUAUUGUUGUCUCUGUGACACAAUUGGAUAAACUGAACUUUGCUGGAACUGUUUUGCCACGAUAUGAGACCCUGCGUGGAAUAAAGCCAAGUGAUCAAGAAACUACAGUGAUCUUACCACGGGCAAAUUUCUUACCACAUACUACUUAUGCACCAUUUGCUAGUAAAGACCAUGAAGACAAAAAUAAUAGCAGAAAAAAGCGAGAUAGGCAGCACUGGGAAAAGGUGAUACCAGGAGACAACCAGGCAGUGGUUACUGUCAUAAUAUACCAUAGUCUUGGUUUACUUAUACCCCAAAGAUUUGAUCCUGACAAAAGGAGCCUCAGGGUCCCUAAACGUCCUGUAAUAAAUUCCCCUGUGGUCAGUAUUAAUAUCCAUGAAGCUGAAGGUGGAGCUUUCGAUCAACCAAUAACAGUGCAGUUUCGGUUGCUUGAUACUCAGGACCGUUCCAAACCAAUAUGUGUUCACUGGAACCACUCGCUUCCAAUACAGCUCCCUGGUGGUGGAUGGUCAGCUCGUGGCUGUGAGCUUGUUUUUCGCAAUGAAACGCAUAUCAGCUGCCAGUGCCAUCAUAUGACAAGUUUUGCAGUCUUAAUGGAUAUGUCCCACCGAGAGAAUGGUGAAGUUCUUCCUUUGCGUGCUAUCACAUACCCGUGCCUAGGGCUGACUUUGGGAUUUCUGCUUCUGUCCCUGCUCUUCCUGUUUAUUCUGAGUUCUCUACACUGCAACAAACACAGUAUCCACCGCAAUCUAAUACUUGCACUACUCCUUUCUCAGCUGAGUUUUAUGCUGGGUGUCAACCAGGCUGAUAUGCAGUUUGCCUGUACUUUCAUUGCUAUCCUACUGCAUUUUCUUUCUCUCUGUUGCUUCUCUUGGGUUUUCCUCGAGGUUUUGCACCUUUACAGAAGACUUACUGAAGUUCGUGAUGUUAACUCUGGGCCAAUGAGAUUCUACUAUGCACUUGGAUGGGGGGUCCCAGCCUUCAUAACUGGGCUAGCUGUAGGACUGGAUCCGGAAGGUUAUGGAAACCCAGAUUUCUGCUGGCUCUCGGUGUCUGAUACUCUGAUUUGGAGUUUUGCUGGACCAGUUGCUUUUGUUGUUUCUGCCGGCUUAUUCUUGUGCGUCCUCUUAGGCCGAGUAUCCUGUACAGCACAGAGGGAGGGAUUCCAUAAGAAAGGGACGGUCUCAGGGCUUCAUUGCAGCGUGACCUUGCUUCUGAUAGUCAGCAUAUCCUGGCUUCUUGCUCUUCUUUCAGUUAACAGUGAUCUGCUUCUCCUCCACUAUUUGUAUGCAGGAGUCAUCUGUGCACAGGGACCUCUGGUUUUCCUGAUAAGUGUUGCACUGAACAGAGAUGUACAUAGGGCACUGAAGAUGAGUUUGAGCAAAAAACGUGACUCCAGUGUCACAACAAAAUCUACAUUUACUUCAUCACAUCCUGGGACCAAUUGUCUUGAUAACCAACUCUAUCACAUGCCAUUUGGCUCCUCUCAUGGCUCUUUGCACAAUUCAGGAAGAAGUCACAGCUACCUUCCCUUUGUGCUCAGAGAUGAAGCCGGGCAAACUAACUGCCAGUCUCUUGCUGAACUCCAUGAUCUAGAUGGAGUAUUCCUAGGGCCAAAAGAACAGAGUGAAGACUCGGAUUCAGAAAGUGACAUAUCCAUGGAUGAUGAUCAGAGCUGCUCUUUUGCUUCCACCAAUUCUUCAGAUAGUGAGGAAGAAUUUGAAGGCCCUGAACUUCCAUGUUGGGAAGUGCUAACCAGUCUAAAUAAUACGAAAAUGAAAACCUCCCCAAAAGGGAGCCUAAUGAAUGGAGUGGCACAUCCUGUGGAUACAGCAGUAACAUCAACAAAUGAUCCAAAUCCAAAUCCACAAAAAGGGAUCUUAAAAAGGAAGCAGCAGGCUGCUAUAAAUCGGAUCUAUAAUGAGCUAGGGCCCAUCACAUUACCACAGUGCUCCCCUGUCAGGACCGCACCCAGCCUUCAGGAUCAGCAUAAUGGGACUGCUCCUAUGAACAUCAAAACAGGAACUGCAGACAAAGAAUCCACCGAAUCUGAGAGCGACGAGACAUCCAUCUGAACUAAGCAAUGAAAGAAUUACUGAAUGUCAGAUUUGAAGCCAUGUUGUUAAUGACUUUAUUUUUUAUUACUGCUGGACAUAUGUGACUGUAGAAGAGAAAAAGCUCAUUCUACAUAGUUUUUGCACCAAGUUGUAAAUAUGAAGGUGUUUGUAUGGAAAUACAAUAAAAAUGUAUUUUUUGUGUUUUUAUUAAAAUGA